AUGUCUCUGGAUCAGAUGGUCGACGCCUUGCAUUACAUUAUGAUGACCAAGUCAGUUCUCGACCCAGUACCCAGAGAAUACAACUCGUACAUUUUGCAUUUGCUGGAGGGCUAUUGGAGCGUCCAGGUGCAACUCAAGAAAACAGAACAAACUCUCAAAGAGGAGUUGGAAACCAGUCAACGCAGCAUCGAUGAAUUUACCAAGAUGUCCGAUGAAUGGCAGGAGAAGGAGGCUGCCUUCCGAGCUGAGAUCAAGCGCAUGGAAUUGGUACUCGCAAAAGUCGCCCCUGAGGGCGUCGGUGCCGUUGUCCUGGCUAGGUCUGAAAGCGUCGUGGACAGAAGCGCCACAUCCUCAAGGAUGUUCAAGGCCAAAAUUGAGAAAGCCAGAUGCAGUCCUGAAAAAGUGUCGAUGCAACCGAAUCUGGACGACAAUGCGGAUGUCGAACUGAGUCAGGAGCUGAGAAAGGUUCAACGAAGACGGCAUCGGACCAUCAAACAUGCCAGAAAGAACAUGCCCCUGGAUCCAGCAGCCAUAGUUCGGGCCCUGGACACAAGCUCUUCAGAGGAGGAUAACAGGCUGAAUCCGUCGCAGAGGGCAAACAACUUACCUGCCAGAACGCAGGCAGCCCAACUGUCUCGUGCGGCGCCACGUAUGCAGGAUACCGGAGCAUCGUGUGCCUCUCAAUUGGCCACCAACACACCGGAGUAUGGCAGUUUGAGGCAGCCACCUGGUUCCGUGUAUCGACGAACGCUUGGCGUCAACACAGCAGGAAAUGAAGCUAUUGCUGCAGCGAAGGCGGCUGAUGAGCGGUCGUCUGUUGCUCGCCCGAAUAUCAUAACCUCGGCAAUCGGUAAACUCCCGGAACAACCUGCCCAGAGAGCUUCCCAAACUCACCAACAUAAAAGAGAGUUUUCAUUCGAGGCCGGAAAGGACGGCAUUCAGCUACAAUCGUUUGGGAAUGUGUCUGGCACCGCAAAGGAACGGAGUACCUACGGAUGCCACAUCGAGCCAUCGGUCGUCAGACAGACACCUUCACCGGAGAGUAGGAAUCUUUCAUUGUCGAGCAGAACACAUGCAUCAGCGCAGCAGCGCCAGAUGCCUCAUGGCGAUACCCAGGCCGGACCUCCCAGCUCGGAGCGGAGGCAUCUCAGCACCUACAUGGCAGAGAACGUGAGCGAAGAGGUCGACGGACUUGGCAGUAAAUCCAGCGUUCGCAGUCAAGAUUGCAGUUCGCGUACAGGAAGUAUAUACCGCGGAUAUUCCAACGGUGCUAAUGACCUCCCUGAUGAUUAG